AUGCAAAAAAUAAAAGAGGGGUACAGGAGGAGACAUGAUUAUAUCAUUCCUAAAUUUAUAUCCUUUCAAUCUGGAUAUCUCGAUUUCUCAUUUUAUCAAGUAUCGCUAAAAAAUGUGAAGUAUCUCGAUUUAUCAUCGUAUUAUCAAUUACACGCACCAAGAAGAUUUCGAAAAAUUGUGGAGUAUCUAAAUUUAUCAUAUGGUCAAUUACUCACACUAGGAACAUUGCCAAAAUAUGUGAUGUCUCUCGAUUUAUCAUCAUAUAAUCAACUAUUCACACCAGGAAGAUUGCCAAUUAGGGUGUCUCUCGAUUUAUCAUCAUAUAAUCAACUAUUCACACCAGGAAGAUUGCCAGAUACUGUGGAUUAUCUCAAAUUAUCAUCCUAUAAUCAACUAUUCACACCAGGAACAUUGCCAAAUCAUAUGGUUUAUCUCAAUUUAUCAUCCUAUAAUCAACCAUUAACACCUGGAACAUUACCAAAUAAGGUGAAGUAUCUCGUUUUAUCAUCGUAUAAUCAAUUACUCACACCUGGAACAUUACCAAAUAAUGUGAAGUAUGUCGAUUUAUCAUCAUAUAAUAAAUUACUCACACCUGAAACAUUACCAAAUAAGGUGAAGUAUCUCGUUUUAUCAUCGUAUGAUCAAUUACUCACACCUGGAACAUUACCAAAUAAUGUGAAGUGUGUCGAUUUAUCAUCAUAUGAUAAAUUACUCACACCUGGAACAUUACCAAAUAAUGUGAAGUAUGUCGAUUUAUCAUCAUAUAAUAAAUUACUCACACCUAGAACAUUACCAAAUAAUGUGGAGUGUCUCGUUUUAUCAUCGUAUAAUCAAUUACUCACACCUGGAAUAUUGCCAAAUUAUGUGAAGUAUCUCGAUAUAUCAUCAUAUAAUCAAUUACUCACACCUGGAACAUUGUCAAAUAAUGUAGAGUAUCUCGAUUUAUCAUCAUAUAAUCAAGUACUCGCACCUAAAACUAUUCCAAAUAAUGUUAAGUGUCUCGAUUGUCCAUCUUAUAAGCAAUCACUCAUAUCUGAAACAUUUCCCAAUAGGGUUGGAGAUCUCGAAUUAUCCGAUCACCCAAAACAUGUCAAUGAUAACUGGGAAAUUAUUAAACCUCAAAAGAAUAUAUCAGAAAAUAAAGUUUAUUAUACCACCAAACAUAAAAAUGCCAAGAUUAUAGAUGUUUUAAAUAUUUGCAAAUGCUCUCUAAAGUUAUAUGGAUAUGUUAAAGAUAGAAAUAACGAAUUUAACAUUUAUUUCGAAUAUAUUGAUAAAGCAAUUCCAUUAUCUAGGUUAUUGGAAAAGCUCAAUAAAAAAGAACAAUUUAUUGUAGCUACUGAAAUAAUCAAAUCAAUAAAGAGUAUUCAUGAAAUGGGUAUAAUUCAUUUUGAUAUUAAAUGCCAAAAUAUUCUUAUUCUUUAUGAUGAAAAUGAAAAAAUGUUACCGACAGAUUUUAUUAAGAUAAUUGGCUUUGACCAUUCAACAUUAGAUUCAGAAGUAAAUUCAAAUAUUAUUGGUGUAACAGAAACUCAUAUGGCGCCAGAAAUUAAAUUAAAAAAUGGUAAAUUAGGUUAUAAAUCAGAUAUCUGGAGUUUAGGUUGUACAUUAAUUGAAAUUGUAGGUGGUAACCUAAAAUUACUAGAUAUUAAUGGUAUUCCUUUAAUUCCUGAUCAUUUAUCAAAUCUUUUUAAAAACACUAUCCAACAUUGUUUACAAAUCAAUCCAAAUGCUAGAUUCAAUGCCAAUGAAUUGUACAACUAUGUAAUUAAAGACAGCAUAAUGGAACCAAUAGAACCAAUUUACCUUCCCAAUCAAUGUACCAAUUUACCAUUAUUCAAUGAGGUAAUUGUUCCAUCAGGUUUUUUUGGUAUAAAAUAUUUAGAAUUACAAGCCUACAAUCAACCAAUUGAUAGUAUAUUUAUCUUUAAUGGUGUAGAGUAUUUAAUAUUACAAUCAUUCAACCAUCCUUUAGGUCCAGGUAUAUUACCAGAAAGUAUUAAGUAUUUAAAACUACCAUCCUUUAACCAUCCUCUUAAAGAAGGAUCAAUUCCUCGAUCAGUAAUACACCUUGUAUUUAAUAAAUUUAAUCAAUUUUCUCUAGAUGAAAUAAACUUAAUUCUUCCAAAAUUUUUAGACUUUGGUGAUGCAUUCGAUAUUGAAAAAUAUGGGAUUUUAAUUCCUGAAGAUUCAAUCCUAACACUAAGAACUGGAUUUACAUUUAACCAACCCAUUAAUCAAAGAUACAUCCCUUCUUCAGUUACAGAUCUACAAUUAUACAACUACAAUUUAAAAAUACUACCCCAUAGUAUUCCUCGGUCAAUAAUAAUGCUAACACUCGGUUCAAAUUUCACUCACUUUGAAUCAUUAUCAAAUCUUCCAUCAUCAAUUAUCAAUUUGACAUUCGGUUUCAAAAACAAUUUUAAAAUAGCGGAGUUAAAAAAAUAUAUACCAUCACAUAUCACAUCAAUAAACAUCAAUGGUAAAAUAGUUAAUUUUAAAAAAUCAUCACCUUUAAACACAUUUAAUCAAUCGACAGAUAAUAUAUUAAAUAAUAAUGAGCAUUUUAAGGAGGAUUGGGAAAUUAUUUCAACAUUAGGAAGUGGCAAUUUUGGAAAAGUAUUUAAGGCAAGAAAAAUCAAUGGAAUCAUAAAUGGAUCAAAAGUAUCGUUGUGUGCAAUAAAAAAAAUUGAAAAAAAAGAUAAAUUAAAAAUUAAAUUAUCAACAGAGGUUGAGAUUUUAAAUAAAUUAAAAGAUAAUGAACAUUCAAUGAAAUACUAUGGUUAUGGAUACGAUGAAGAUGAUAAUCUAUUUAUUUAUACAGAAUACAUUGAAGGUUCCACAUCUAUUUCAGACCUAAUAAAAAAAAAACCAAAUAAUAGAUUUGAAGAGGAAGAAAUAAAAUCUUUAAUGAUUAAAAUUGUCAAAGCGCUAAGUAAAAUUCACGAAUCAGGUGUUAUUCAUCGUGAUAUUAAAAGUGAUCACAUCAUUUUGGCUCAAGAUAAAAAUAAUGAAACCAUUGUAAAAUUCAUAGAUUUUGGAUUAUCAAAACAAAUUGAAAAGAAUUCAAAGUAUUAUUCAUUUGUAGGUACAGAUUCACACAUGGCACCAGAAGUUAAAUUACAAAAUGGUAAAGCAGGUAGUAAAUCCGAUAUUUUUUGUAUAGGUUGCACAAUGAUUGAAAUGGCUGGUUUGAAUUUGUGCCAUUCUGAAAGAGAUGAUAAAGGUAUACCCUCAAUACCAACACACCUAUCCAAUUCAUUCAAAAAUAUAAUUCAAAAUUGUUUAAAGUUUGACACAAACGCUAGGCAUAGUGUUGAAAGUUUAAUUAUUACCUUGUCUAAUAUUCAAAUUGAAGGCGAUUCAGUAUUUGAAAAGUAUUUAUCACCAAAUUUAAAGAAAUUAGAAUUAAAAACCAAUGAACCAAUUUUAUUAGGAUCAAUUGGUAAUGAAAUAAACUACCUUUCAUUACCAAUUUAUAACCAAAUGAUAACACCAGGAGCUUUACCACCAUCUGUUCAAUAUCUCUUAUUUAAUAAAUUAAAUCAAUACCUUGAAUGUGAUUCAAUACCAGAAUCAGUUAAAUAUUUAGAUUUAGGUAAUGAAUUUGACAUUGAAAAAAAUGGAAUUAAUCUUUCAAACGAAUCAAUAUUAGUACUUAGAUGUGGUUUUAAUUUUACACAACCAGUUAGCCAAAGACUCCUACCUUAUUCUGUAACAGAUUUACAAUUAUACAACUAUAAUAUUAAUUUAAAAAGAAACAGUAUUCCAACAUUAGUUACAUCGCUCACUCUUGGUUCAAAUUUCACAAACAUCGAAUCCCUUUCAUUUCUUCCCGAAAAUGUCAAUAGUUUAGCAAUAGGUAUUAAAGAUGAAGAUGAAAAACUAACCAAAGAAAUAGAAAAAAUAAUACAAACAAAAAAAAGCAUUACCUCCUUUAAAAUAAAUGGAAUACAAAGAAAUUAA